UCUCGCUCUCGCUCUCUCAUAGACGGCAUUCACCGUUAUCACCCAUUCAUUCAUUCAUAGUCUGCAAAUAGCAAAACUCUGCAACCAACCAACCAACCAUGAAUCCUUCCCAACCCAAAACACUUCACUUGCCCACCAACACUCUGCAAACCAAAGCAUAGAGGAAAUAAAUAAAAGAAACAACCUUUUCCGUGAAUAGGUACUGACCGUACUGUACCAUGAUCAACUUAAAAGGAACCAAUUAAGUUCGAUCCUUAGUGCGUUGUUUGAUUCAAUGUCUGCAGAUGAUUUCCAACUCUGUUUCUUGGGUGGAAGACGAAGGCUCUGUUUUGAACAGUGGGAGGAGCCCGGGAAGCUUGAAUUUCUGACAUGGGAAUUGAAGAAACAAACAGCGGACACAUGGGUUUUAUCUUAUUUUGGUUGAUAUUGCAGAAAUUAGUUCCUAUUCAAGUUGAAACCUUUUGAUUCUUGUCUUGGUAAGUUCCUCCAAUAGUGCUGUUUGGCCAUGGAAGUUUAUUUAUGUUAAUUUUGCAAUAGUAUUUUCUUGCUGAAAAUUCAAGGUACAAGCACACAUUGUUGUUCAGUGAUUUUGGUGGGCAUUGUGGUUUAUUUUGAAUAGUUGGUUUGGUUUUCUCGUGUAAUGGACAUUUGGAGGUUUUGGGUAAGAGAUUUUGUUAUUGGGAUCCUGAAAAUCGACAGAGGGAAGCCUAGAUUUCUUGUACAACUUCCCAUAAUAUUUGCAGCGUUUUUUGAGUUAUGGGGGUUGGUUUUAGGUCUAGGUUCCAUGUCUUCCAUUGCCAUUUCAUAUGGUGAGAAUGGUCCUGCUUUAUGUGGUCUGAGACCAGAUGGGUCACAUCUAGUGAAUUGUUAUGGAUCAAAUUCAGUUAUAAACUAUGCAACUCCAGCUCAUAAUACUUUUAAGGGUCUAACUGCCGGCAAUGGCUUCGUUUGUGGCCUCUUAAUGGACUCAAACCAACCUUAUUGUUGGGGAAAUAGUGAUUUUAUUCAAAUAGGUGUUCCUCAACCCAUGGUUAGAGGGUCUGAAUACUUGGAAAUCAGUGCUGGGGAUCACCAUUUAUGUGGUUUGAGAAAACCCUUAAUUGGAAGCCGCAGAAACACUUCUGUCAUCGACUGUUGGGGUUAUAACAUGACUGCAAACAAUGUGUUUGAUGGGCAGGUCCAGUCUAUCUCAGCUGGUUCUGAGUUCAACUGUGGAUUGUUUUCUCAGAAUAGAAGUGUUUUCUGUUGGGGUGACGAGACUAGUAGCCGAGUAAUCAGCUUAAUUCCCAAGGAAAUGAGAUUUCAAAAGAUUGCAGCUGGUGGGUUUCAUGUUUGUGGAAUUUUAGAGGGGGUGAAUUCUAGGGUGUUUUGUUGGGGAAGGAGCAUGGACUGUGAAGAAGAGAUCUCCGUGGUGCAUUCUGGUCAAGUUAAUGUGGACUUGGCUCCGAAUGUGUCCAUGCUUUCAGUUGUUGGAGGUAGAUUCCAUGCUUGUGGAAUAAAGAGCUAUGAUCGUGGGGUGGUUUGUUGGGGUUUUAUAUUUGAGAGAAGUACCCCACCUCCCAAUGGAAUUAAGCUCUAUGAGAUUGCAGCUGGGGAUUACUUCACUUGUGGAGUUCUUGCUGAGAAAUCUCUCCUGCCUGUUUGUUGGGGUGAUGGGUUUCCCUCCUCCCUACCGAUAGCCGUUUCUCCUGGUCUCUGCAAGCCCAGUACUUGUGCGCCCCAUUUCUAUGAAUUUAACAAUGGAAGUGCAUAUUGCAAGUCUCCUGGAUCUCACAUUUGCUUGCCAUGCACCAGUGGUUGCCCUGCUGAAAUGUACCAAAAAGCCGAAUGCACUUCAACAGCAGAUAGACACUGUGAAUUCAACUGUUCCAUUUGUGCCUCAGCUGAAUGCUUCUCAAAUUGUUCUUAUUCCAAUGCAUUGGCUGGAAAGAGUAAUCAAAGGUUUGGGUCACUUCAAUUGCCAGUCAUUAUAGCAGAAAUCGCCUUUGUUGUUUUCUUGGUGAGUGUUGUGUCUUUGACUGCAAUUUUAUACGUCCACUACAAGUUAAGGAACUGUAGAUGCUCAGCCAAAAACAUGAAAUCCAAGAAAAUUAAUUCUGGGAAUGGUUCUUUCCAAAAAGAUGGUGGGAAAACUUGGUCUGACUUGGAUGAACUUAAGAUUAGGAGAGCUCAUAUGUUUACUUACAAGGAACUUGAAAAGGCCACUGAUGGGUUUAAGGAAGAAUCCCAAGUGGGAAAGGGAAGUUUUUCAUGCGUCUUCAAAGGGAUCUUGAAGGAUGGGACAGUUGUUGCGGUUAAAAGGGCUAUAAUGUUUCCUGAUAUGAAGAAGAAUUCAAAUGAGUUCCACACUGAGCUAGAUCUACUCUCUAGAUUAAAUCAUGCCCAUUUGCUCAAUUUACUUGGCUAUUGCGAAGAAGGUGGAGAGAGGCUUCUGGUUUACGAGUUUAUGGCUCAUGGCUCUUUGCAUCAACACCUCCAUGGGAAGAACAUGGCCUUAAAGGAGCAAUUAGAUUGGGUAAGGAGAGUUACCAUUGCAGUCCAAGCAGCUCGGGGAAUUGAAUACUUGCAUGGUUAUGCUUGCCCACCUGUGAUUCACCGAGACAUAAAGUCUUCAAACAUUCUGAUUGAUGAAGAACGAAAUGCCAGAGUAGCUGAUUUUGGUCUAUCUUUGUUGGGACCUGCCAACAGUAGCUCCCCAUUGGCCGAGCUACCUGCAGGGACUCUUGGAUAUCUUGACCCUGAGUACUAUAGGCUUCACUACCUUACAACCAAAUCUGAUGUGUACAGUUUUGGCGUUUUACUUCUAGAAAUUGUGAGUGGUAGGAAAGCCAUUGAUAUGCAAUUUGAAGAAGGAAAUAUAGUUGAAUGGGCAGUUCCUUUGAUCAAGGCCGGAGAUAUACAAGCGAUUCUGGAUCCAGUCUUGAAACCCCCAUCUGAUCUUGAAGCUUUGAAAAGGAUUGCAAAUGUGGCUUGUAAAUGUGUAAGAAUGAGAGGAAAGGAUAGGCCAUCGAUGGAUAUAGUGACGACAGCUUUGGAGCGAGCACUUGCACAAUUGAUGGGUGGUCCAAGCGAUGAGCAACCAAUUUUGCCAACUGAGGUGGUUUUGGGAAGCAGUAGAUUGCAUAAGAAGCCCUCUCAAAGAUCUUCCAAUCAGUCAGUCUCAGAAACCACCGAUGUCUUAGAAAGUGAGGAUCAAAGGUUGGAGUUUCGAGCUCCUUCGUGGAUCACUUUUCCAAGCGUUGCUUCUUCUUCACAGAGGAGGAAGUCCUCGGCUUCUGAGGCAGACAUCGAAGGGAAGAACUUGGAAGCCAGAAAUGUGGGCAAUGGUACUGGAAGUGUUGGGAAUGGGUUGAGAAGUUUGGAAGAAGAGAUUGGACCUGCUUCUCCUCAAGAAAACAUGUACGUACAGCACAAAAUUAGAUUUUGAAGAAGAAAUGACGAAAUUAUUGGUGGGUAUUUAGUUUCUUGGAUGAAGAAAUGUAAAGGGAAAAAUGGGAAGGAUGUAAUUUUCUAUUGCCAGUUGCCACCACCAUUUCUACCGCCACAAAUGCUUUGUUGGUGUGACUUUGAGCUCAUUUUUCUUGUGCAAUCAAUUAAGUGUAACAAUUUGCUCUUUUACCUUUCAGGAAGAUUAGUCUCCAACUCUCUAUAUAAUUAGAUUUUGUACUUAGAAAUUUAUUUGCUUCUUUAUACGA